GUUAGGAUUUCCUCUACAAGAAUAGAAGAUGGGUCAGAUGCCUUCAAGAUACAGUGAUGGAGAACAUGAGAAGUUCCAUCAGCUGCUGUCUCAGUACGACUUCAAUGAACUUCAACUGAUCUAUGACUACUUUAGAAAUGACCUGAUCUACAUUGUGGAGUCCUCUACAGAUAUCGAACACCUGCUGGAGUACCUGGACUCUCGGAGUCUCCUCAAUAAGGAGGUAAGUGUCCAGAUGAAGAGAGACCAGGGGCCCUUCGUGUUCUCUGAGAAGCUGGUGCAAGAUAUUCUGGACGCUGGAAAAGAGGCCGUCAUGGGAUUCCUGGAAGGCCUCUACGAUCUACAGCAUUAUAAUUCAUCGAAUUAUUUGUAUGCACUGCGAUAUGAACUGGAAAAAUUGGGGGACACUUUGAUGCAGCAGAUAUUACUGGACCGGAAUGGACACCCCCUGACUCCAGAGCUGAAAGAAACGCAGGAACAUCACAGACAACAUCUGCUGGAACAAACCACGCCGAGACCCUCAGAAUCUGCGGGACGGAAUAAAGAUCUGUAUGUCUCCGAUCGUUACAUGGACAUGAUCACAUCCCAUGUGCGCCCCUUUAAUCGGUCGUCCGAACACGAGCUGAUAGACGCAGCGAUAAAACAUAACGACUACCUACAAAACGCCGUGGGAAGCGUUUCUCCCGAAAGGCUGUUCCGCUGGUGCCACAGGAUAAGACGUGUACCGCGUGCGGUGAUGGUGACCGGCGUACCAGGAAUAGGGAAGACGACGCUCGUGGAGAAGCUGGUCCGCGACUGGGCAAACGGCAAAUUCUAUCAGAGGUUUUCUUUCGUCUUCUUCUUAAGAUUCCGGGAUCUCAACAAGGAAGAGAAGAUCAGCUUGGAGUCGAUGAUCCUUCAGGAGUAUCCAUAUCUGAAGGAUCAACUUUGGAACAUUUUACAGGAUCCGGAAAGGCUGCUCUUCAUCUUUGAUGGCUUGGAUGAAAGCAUUCAUGAAAUCAAUUUUAAAUCGGAACAACUCCCGGGUGAUAUAAAACAAGUAGUAAAUGUCGGGGCCGUUGUGGUUGGUUUGGCGAGACAGUCUCUGCUCAAGGGCUGCUCUUUGCUAUUGACCAGCCAACCAGACAAAUUAACUAGAAUGGAUAUCAGCGUUUUCAAGAGGGUGCUGGAGGUCAUUGGCUUCUUACCAAGAGAACAAAAGCUUUACAUCGAGAGAUUCUUCAUGGACAAAGGAUUAUCAGACAAGGCUCUCAGCUUUUUGAGGGAGAACGGCGCCUUAAACACUUUCUGUUACAACCCAUCGUACUGCUGGAUCAUCUGCACAGUGCUAUCCACGUGCUUCAAAGGCCAACCAACCAAUGAUCACCAACUGAUGUCAUCAACGCCCAAGACGCUGACGCAGCUUUUGGUGGCUUUCACUGCCGAUGUUCUGGCCAAUCACAGUCCGGAUAAAAUGAAUGCUCGGAGUCUGUUGACUUCCAUUGGGCGGAUGGCAGAACACGGAGUCAGGAACCAUCUUACCACAUUUAAAAAACAGACCUUGGAACAAUUUAACGUGGACAGGACCUCAAGACUGUUUCCAAGCUUCAUGAAAGAAUCCUCAAGCUCCAUUGAGGCGUCUUUCUCCUUCCUACAUCCCAUCACCCAGGAUUUUUUGGCCGCCGUGGUCCAUUAUGUCGAUUAUUCUGACGAAAAGUUAUACGUGUCGCUUACACAAGCCACGUGCUACAUAGAUAACCGCUGUGAACUAUUUCUCUCGUUCCUCUGUGGCCUGGCAGAUGUCUCCACCAGGACCGUUUUAGAGCCUUACCUGGGUGACUUGUCUUCUGAAGCUGCCGAGGAUGUCCUCAUCUGGCUUCCACCAUAUGCUACGAAAUUUCAAAUCUUGGAAAAGAGAAAGCUCCUAAAUAUAUGUUUCAAAUUCUUUGAGCUGCAGAAUGAGGAAUUGUUCUUAGAAUGUUUCGGACCGUUCGGAUCUUUCAAAUUUGAUCAGGUCAAAAUGACCACUCUGGACUGCUCUGUGGUGUCUUUCGUACUUCAGUCCUGCGGAGAGAAGGAAGCCCUUUCUUUAAAUUAUUGUAACCUACAGAGAGAGGAUAUUGAGAAACUUGCACCUGCUCUACACUCCAUACAUACCUUAGGGUACAAUACAAAUGCAUAUGUCCUUAUGUCUUAA